AUGGUGAAAUCUUUGAAGAAGAAGUAUAAUUUGAAUAUGUUAGGAUUACUUGAAACAAAAAGAGAAGUGCUUACUAAAUAUAAUAUUGCAAGGCUUUGGGGACAUAGUUCUGUUGAUUGGGAGUUUGUGGAGUCUGUAGGGACGGCUGGGGGUCUAUUAUUGAUUUGGGAUGAGGUAGUGUUUAAAAUACAGAAUUGUUAUAAAGGUGAGCGGUGGUUAUGCGUUGAAGGCGUGCUAACGAAGACCAACUUCCUUUGUGCUUUUUGUCUGGUGUACGGAGCGCAUGCGAGGGAGGAGAAGCAGGGGGUGUGGGAAGAAUUGAGCUAUGUUGCGGGUUUGUGUUCGGUCCCGUUCUACUUUUUAGGGGACUUCAAUGAAAUUUUGCAAGUUGAGGAUCGCAAAGGGGUGACUAGCUUGCCAGCAUCAUCGGACGAUUUUAAAAGUUGGGUGUAUGACAUGCAGUUGAUGGAUUUACCUUUGACUGAUAGGAAGUACACAUGGUUUCGAGGUCGUUCCUGUAGUCGGAUUGAUAGGGUUUUGGUCAAUGUUGAAUGGGCUGAGAAGUUCCCGGAUAUUAGGAUAAAAGGUGGGCCGCGAGGGUUGUCUGAUCACUACCCGUUGAUUGUGGAAGGUACGCGUUUAGGAGGGGGUCCUAGACCAUUCAGAAGUCUAGAUUCCUGGUUUACGCAUGAGGGCUUUCUAAGAAUGGUAAGAACUGAAUGGAGAAACUUGGGAGAUGCUCAGUUCACAGGGAAGCUGAAGGCUUUAACAAUACCACUACGGCAAUGGCACAAGAAUACCUUUAGGGACAUGGAUAAGAGACUGAUGAGGUUGGAGGAGGAGAUCACAAAGCUGGACAAUUUAGUCAGUAAUGGAAUUUACGAUGGUACAACGGAGGCUAGAAGGAAGGCACUGGUGAGCUUUUGUGAAAAAUGGUACAUCAGGAAGGAAAUCCACUGGAAGCAGAUGUCUCGGUCCCAGCAUGCUGCCAACAUGGAUAAGAAUACCAGAUACUUCCAUAACAUUGCCUCGGCCAGAAGACGGAGUAAUAGGAUCGAUGCUCUGAUGAUCCAUGGAAGACUGGUGCGGAAUCAGGCGAGGAUUAAAGGUGCAAUUAGGGGGUUUUACAAGGAUUUAUAUAGACAGGAUUACGCGCCGAGGAUUGGUGUCAGGGAUGGGUUGGUAAAACAGAUUAGUAGAGAUGAGGCUGAAGCUCUAGAAGUUUUGCCAUCGGCGGAGAAAAUCAAGGAGGCAGUGUGGGAUUGCGGAUCUUCCAAGGCCCCAGGGAGUGAUGGGUACAACAUGAACUUUAUAAGAAAUGCUGGGAGGAUAUUGGUCAGGAAUUCAGUGCAGCGGUACUAA